AAUGGCUGGCUUUUUCUCUAAUCCAUUUCAACAAAAGAAGCCUAUUAAAAGAAGGAGCCGUGUCUUGAAUGGUUUGGAUUGUAUUGUUCCUAAUUCUGAGGAAGAACUUGCUCUACACCCAAAGAAACUUGAUGAGUUAAAACAAUGGUUCAGAACAAAAAUGGGCAUUUGUCGGGGAUCAAAAACUUUAUUGCUAACAGGCCCCAGUGGUUCUGGAAAAAGGACAGCAGUAAGGGUUAUUGCAGCAGAACUUGGAAUUGAAGUAACAGAAUGGGAUUGGACAGAUGAUUGUAAUAAUUUAAAUAAUAAUCGAAGACGUUCUUUCUCUGCUGAAGGAUUUGCACAAUUUUUGAAUGAUACACAAUUUAGUUCAAUUCAACGAAUGUCUUUAAAACAUCGAUUAUUACUUAUUAGUCAAUUGCCUAGCGAAUUUUUAAAUGAACCAAAACUUUUACAUCAAUUAUUGGCCAAUAAAAUUUCCCUUUCUCGAUGUAUAAUUGUUUUUGUACUUCCAAAUGUGGAUUCUUGUUGGUCUCUUAGCCCUUUUAGAAUUUUUCCUCAAUCAAUUUUGGAUGUGUUAGGAAUUGAACAUAUUAAAUUUAAUCCAAUUUCAAUUUCCCUUUUAACUAAUGCCCUUCAAAGAGCUUCCAAAAAACUUUGUAAUUCACAACAAGGAAUUGAUGUUAAAAAUAUUGCUAAUUCUUCCAAUGGGGAUAUUAGACGCGCAAUGAAUUUAUUACUUUUACAUUAUAGACAACAAAAUUCCAAAAUAAUUGAAGGAAAUUCGGCAAAACGUCCAAGAUUAGAAAAAUUAUCAAAUAAUAAUUCUCAACAACCUUUAAUUUCCUUCUUUUCUUCUCAUUUUGCUUCAGAUCAAUUAGAAUUAUUUCAUUUUAUUGGAAAAAUAAUGUAUGCAAAAAGGGCUGAAAAGCCAACAGAAAAAUGGUUGGAGAAUGAAUCUAAAUUAAAUUUUAAUUUAAAAAGAAUUUAUGGACGUCCAUUACCUCCAAAAGAUGAUUUAAAUAAAUUAAUUGAAACAUCUCCAAUAUCUCCACAAUUGUUAUCUUCUUAUUUAUUUGAACACGAACCUCGUUUUGGCCCAUCAAUUAAAUCAAUUUCUAAAAUUCAACAAAUUAUUUCCAAAUUAGAUGUGCUUAUUUCAAGUAAUUAUGAACAAAGAAAUCAAAUGGAAAAAUAUAUGAUUGAUUUAUCUGUUCGGGCAUCACUUUUUCACAAUUAUCGACCAUCUACUGGAGGUUUUGUUUUUUUUUAA